AUGGGGGCUUUGGAAUUGGAGAAGCAUCAGAGAUGUUUCAUAAAGGUUGCUUGUCUCAAUGGUUUUUCUCUUGACUCAAAGAUUGCUGCUUCUGCUCAAAUUCCAAUCAAUUGCUUUAGGGGUUUUGUUACCUUGAGUCUGUAUUUGCCUCUCAAUAGAUCGAGAAGUCCUGCUUCAGCUGCUUGGUUUUUCGAUUCUCAUCAUUAUGCUUUUACCAGGCAAGCCGCCUGUUGCAGGAAAAAUUUUAAGCACAAAAUCAAAGAUAAUUACACCGAAGAAGAAGGGUUCAAUGUAGAUCAGGAUGAACCAGAUCCUGACUGGAGUGAUUGGAGUUUAGAAGUGUUCCCCCCUACGCCAAGACCGUCGCCUAUCUCUUCGGAGCAAGAUCAGUCGGGCCUUUCUUUUUCUGAAGGAGAACAAGCCUUUGAGGGAUACAACCAGAGGGGUUUUAAUUCGUACAUGUCUUUGGACUCGGACAGAACUCAAUCUGAUGAGUUUAACAGCUGGCACAGUGCAAACAGUUCUAAUGGUUAUGAGGCAGAAAAUCAAACUUCUCAAGGCUCCCUGCAAGUGGAAGACCAGGCAUCACCUUUGUCUCAUCUUAGCCCCAGAAGCCCUGCUAACUUCAUCACUUCUGACAUAGAUCCAGACUUUGAGAUGGUUUCAGAUUCGGAAUCAAGCGCCUUCAACAGUAUCUCAGGCCCUGGGCAUAAAGAUUGAACCCAGAACAGCAGAACUACCUCCAUUUGUCUGGUAUUGGCUCCUCAUCUGCAACACACAAUUCAAGGAGAAUUUCAGAAGACGAAUUGGACCAGUGGAGAUCUCAAUAUAAGCCUAGCAAAAGAUUCAAGUGUGCUUCGAGCAGUCUUCCUUGUACCAGUAAGGCAGGCAACUUCAAACCCGGCAACAGCAGCAACAACAACUAUAUCAGCAGCAGCAACAGCAGUAACAACUACCAGUAAUGGCCAUUAUCGCAUACCUGAGCUCAACCUAAUUCCUAUCAAGAUACAUCUUGGGGCCGGUGGAUAAUCAUAUUUUGUCUACAAUCACCUGUCUACUAGUGUGUUUCUAAAUAGUUUUUCUGGUAGUUUAAUCUUUUUCAUCGCUUUGUAUGUGUGUUCAAUCUGUCUCGCUUUGUAGUGUGUAUUUCCCUCUCUACUGCUGAGAGUGCUUUUGUAGAGAGAGAAUAUAUUAGACUUUACUUAGGUUAGUGUCGCUUCGAAGCUACUCUGCUUACGGAGUUUUUUGUUACAACCAGUUCAUCUUGCUUUUCUUGUAAUAGCUUCUGAAGGUUCACUGUGUUUUGCAAGUGUUUAGUCAAUUUUGUUGAAGUGUGCCCUGCUUGAAUUCCUUUUUGGUUC